AUGUCAAGUAACUCCUUGGAACAAUUGAAGGCCACUGGUACCGUGAUUGUUACCGACACCGGUGAAUUUGAAUCAAUUGCCAAGUACACACCUCAAGAUGCUACUACUAACCCAUCUUUGAUUCUUGCUGCUGCUAAGAAGGCUGAAUAUGCUAAGUUGAUUGACGUUGCUGUUGAUUAUGUUAAGGCUAAGAUCCCCAAUGCAUCGGCUGAAGAAAAGGCUGAAUUGGCUUUGGACAGAUUGUUGGUUGAAUUUGGUAAGGAAAUCUUACAAAUUGUUCCUGGUAGAGUUUCCACUGAAGUUGAUGCUCGUUUGUCCUUUAACAAGGAAGCCACCAUCAAGAAGGCUUUGGAAAUCAUUGCUUUAUACGAAUCCAUUGGUAUCCACAAGGAUAGAAUCUUGAUCAAGGUUGCUUCUACUUGGGAAGGUAUUCAAGCUGCUAGAGAAUUGGAAGCUAAACAUGGUAUUCACUGUAACUUGACCUUGUUAUUCUCCUUUGUUCAAGCUGUUGCUUGUGCUGAAGCUAAGGUUACCUUGAUCUCUCCCUUUGUUGGUAGAAUCUUGGAUUGGUACAAGGCUAGUACCGGGAAGGAAUACUGGGGUAAGGAAGAUCCAGGUGUGAUUUCUGUCACCAGUAUUUACAACUACUAUAAGAAGUUUGGUUACAAUACCAUUGUUAUGGGUGCUUCUUUCAGAAACGUUACUGAAAUUAAGGCUUUGGCUGGUGUUGAUUACUUGACCAUUGCUCCUAAAUUAUUGGAAGAAUUGAUGAACUCCAAUGAUCCAGUUCCUCAAGAAUUGGAUGCUGCUGUUGCUGCCAAAUCCGAUCUUACUAAGGUCUCUUAUGUUGAUGAUGAAUCUACCUUUAGAUUCCUUCUCAAUGAAGAUGCCAUGGCUACUGAAAAGUUGGCUCAUGGUAUCAGAGCUUUCUCCAAGGAUUGUGUCACUUUGUUGGACCAAUUGAAGGAAAAGUUCUAA